UAAUAUUAAGUGUGAAUAUUUUUAGAAGUAAUUGUGGGUUGUUUUUGACUUUUAACGAUGGUUUUGAAGUGUUUUUAAAAGUGGUUUGAGUGAUGGAGGUGGUGGGUAGACCUGUUCAUGCCAGGACUGGACUGGCGUUUGUUCUGAUGCUGCUGACCGUGGCGGAGGUGCCAGGAUAUGUGGACACGGAGGAGUUUAUCAGCGAUCUCGACAAACCAGUGCCCACGGCGCACGUGCAAGGAGUGCUGGGCAAGAAGGCAGCGCUGCCCUGCGACAUCCAGCCUCUGGCGGCUGGCGACCACGUCUCCAUGGUGCUGUGGUUCAAGGAGGCCGAUGGAGAGCCUCUCUACAGUUAUGACGUCCGCGGCCGGCUCGCCAGCCAGCCCAAGCUAUGGUCGUCGCCGACGGUGUUCGGCACCCGAGCGUACUUCCGAGCGGCGGCGAGCCCGGCCGUGCUGUUUCUGGAUGCUGUGGGGCCCGGCGACGCUGGUGUCUACCGCUGCCGAGUGGACUUCAAGAACUCGCCGACGAGGAACUCCAGGCUCAACUUUACUGUCAUCACUCCACCCAACAGGCCAGUAAUAAUGGACGCAAAGACCAGGGACCAAACGCGACUGUUGGAGCCCUACAACGAAGGGGACACCCUAGAGCUCAUCUGCGAGGUAUACGGUGGCGACCCCAGGCCUCGUCUGACCUGGUACCUGGAGAACACGGUGAUCGACGACUCGUUCUCAUACCGAGCAGAUGGCGCCACUAUCAACGCGCUAACGUUUCCCAGCGUUGGGCGACAGCAUCUGAAUGCGAGGCUGGUCUGCCAAGCGUCAAACACCAACUUGGCCCCGCCAGAGACGAAGCUUCUUAUACUUGACAUUAAUUUAAGGCCACUGACCGUGCAGAUCCUGAACAAGAGCUCCCAAGUGUCAGCGGACCGGCGCUACGAGGUGGAGUGCAAGACCACGGGCUCUAGGCCUGAUGCAGCCGUCACCUGGUGGAAAGGGAGUCGACAGCUGAAGAGGAGUGCUAAGAAUUUUUCGGAGAAUAACGCGACCAUCAGCAUCCUGAGCCUAGUGCCGAUGGCGGAGGACCACGACCGAGUGCUGGCCUGCCGCGCCGAGAACCCUAGCGUGGCCGACUCCAUGAUCGAGGACCGGUGGCAGCUGAACGUGCACUAUGUCCCCAUCGUGUCGCUGAAACUGGGCACGAGUUUGAACCCAAAGUACAUCAAGGAAGGGGAUGACGUGUACUUCGAGUGCAGCGUCAAGGCCAACCCGAAGAGUCAUAGGCUGACGUGGUAUAAAGGGACAAAAGAGAUCCACCACAACGCGAGUGCAGGCAUCAUCCUCAGUGACCAAAGCCUGGUGCUGCAAGUCGUGAACAGGUCGGCUGCUGGCGACUACAGCUGCCUCGCUUCCAACAGUGAGGGCAGCGCCACCAGCAACCCUGUGUCUCUUCAGAUACGAUAUGCGCCCCUCUGCAAGAUGGGCAACGAGGGCGAAGUCUUCGGAGCGCUAAAGCAAGAGACGGUGCAGCUUUCCUGCGAAGUAGACUCCAGCCCACCGCCCACAGCAUUCAGCUGGACCUUCAACAGCUCGGGAGAACAGAUCCAGAUACCAGCCAAGUAUUACACAGCCUCUGGCUACUCCUCUACCUUGAGGUACACGCCGUCAUCCAACAUGGACUUCGGGACCAUCUCCUGCGCAGCGAGCAACUCCGUCGGGAAGCAGGAAGCGCCGUGCGUGUACAAGCUCGUUGCUGCUGGUCACCCGAUGUCGCUGCAGAACUGCUCGGUGCUGAACCACAGCUUCGCUGGACUACACGUGGACUGCAUCGAGGGCUUCGAUGGUGGUCUGCCCCAAGUGUUUUACAUGGAGGUCUAUGAGCUGCCUUCGAUGAUCGUCCGAGCCAACGUGUCUUCGAACUCGACGCCGACCUUCGAAGUGCCGGGCCUGGACAGCUAUUCGAGCUACGCGCUUGUUCUGUACGCGGCCAAUGCGAAAGGCAGGGGAGAGGCGACUUCGCUGUACACUGUUGCUUUGAGGUCCCCUGAUAAAUACACUGGGGUCAGCAGCACGUCCAUUCCUCUGUCUCCAAUGCUAGUGUCACUGCUAGCAGUGAUCGCACUGCUUUGUACCGGCGUCUGCGGAGUCAUUACUGCGCUGUACCGGCGGCAUAGUGCUCGAAGACUAGAUCGAGUGAAGCAACCGCCUUCUUCGGCUCUAUACAUAGAGCAGAGCGUGGACUCGCUCUCCAAGCAGGACCACAUGAACACGUACUGCGGUUCUCCCAAACUGGACUACUGCAGCCAGUACGAGCUGAAGAUGGACGGGGAGAUAGAGGAGACAGAUCCUGACAUCAUACCUUGUAAUUAUGAUAAGAAGUCGAUCAGCGGGUUCAGCAAGCUGCCCACGCCGGGCACCGACACCGACACCAGCCGCGUCUUCAGCGAGCGCUCGGCCGGCUUCCCUGCUAGCACUUCGUCAUCCAGUAUAUCGGUGGUGAACCGCGGCGUGUGCGCGCGCGGCGCAGACAUCACCGCCGCGCGCCAUCUUGCGGCGAAUGUGCGCGAGAGUUGUAUAUAG